GUAAUAAAAUAUAAUUGAUAAUUAUCUGGCGAUGAACAAAAUGAGAACCGCGAGAAAUCGAUCAAAUUAUUUCUCAAGGCUGUUAGGUUUUUGUCCCACCUUCAGUAGGAACUAAAACGUAGGUAUGUAAGCUUGACGUGAUCAUAACUGAAAUAGUUAGACACUACGCGACGUGGAUGCGGCAAAGAGUAUCAUAUGUAUGUAGAAUAGAGUGGAAGGUACCCGUAUCCACGGACAUAAGAAAUAUGUAUAGGGACGGGCACGCUCUUGCGGGGUGGAAGCCAAUGCGAGGAGGGUGUCGAGGUAAAGUGUACCCACUUUUGAUUGGGUUUCUCAAACUGCGCAAGCGUAAACCGUAUAUGCCGCGUACCCACGCGCGUACCUAACUUAUUGUAAACAAUAACAUCUGAACUGUCUGUGCAUCCGAGUACAGGAGAAUAAAUUAGAACGAAGAAUAUAAUUGAGAAUUGUCAAUCCUCAAAAUGGUAUUAUAUUCCGUACCGUGGUGUAAAAAUAGAUCAGAUUACCGAAAUUGGAAGAGAAGGGUUCAUAAUCCAAAUAAAGACCCUGAAAUUACAUUUCACGGUUUUCCAAAAGAUGCCAAUACUCGUACCUCGUGGAUAAAUAUAUUAGGAAUCAAUUUACCAAGCACUCCAAAUGGAGCUCGGAUUUGUUCUUUACAUUUUGAAGAAAAGUCUUUUGAUAGAUCAUCCCCUUCAUUGGUCCGGCUUAAGCCGAAUGCGAUACCACUUGUAAAAAUGAUAGACUCUUCAAUAGACACACCGACCGAAGUGAAUAUCUUAGAUUCAACAUCAGUGACUGUAGAAAGACCACCUGAUACCGAAAAAAAUACUGGGCUCUAAGAUUCAUACAGCGUGAACCUCCAAGUAUCAUCAUCAAAUGCACAUGUUUUCAUAUGUAAGGAUAGUUUUCAUUCCAAUGAAAAAUCAACUAUCGCUUUCAUUGUAUCAAAUUGUUCAUAAACACUCAGCUCCGUUUUUCUUUACUUUUGUUAUUUUUAGUGCAACAAUCGAUGCCUAAAAUAGAUAAACAACAAUGGUAUCUUCAAAUGAUUUGUCUGAAGGGUCAAACGAAUGUCAGUCAUCUACAAAACCUUCAGCCUCUAAGGCAGAUAAGUCAACAAUGGUAUCACAUGAGCUUCUUCCUAUGUCUCCUGAAAAAUGCAGAUUAAAACGAAGACUGGAAUUCGUGAAAGAAGAAUCUCGGAAAAGAAUUCGGAAUUUACAACAAAAUUUACGACGACAGACUGAUAAAAUCGCCAACUUGCACAGCGUUUUGAAAACCUUGCAAAAAAACAGUGGCCAAACGAUGAGCAAGUGGAUAUGAUGCACACACUAGACAUAUUUUCCAAAUCCGGUGACGAAU